AGCGACAAAGAACGAUUGAGACGGUUUUUGGGUGAUAACCCGAUUCUUUGAGCUUUGAUCCUGCGACUCGGGCUACGAACCUUCCAAAAAUUCCGCGCCGAAGUACAGCACCAUGCUCGGUCUUGACGCAUACGGAAGCAGUAGCGAGGAUGAAGUCGAGAUCAAGCCUACUCCUCAGUCGCAAUCAAUGCAGCGCGAAAAACAGCCACCGGUUGUGCCCAAACAAGCCGUCCAGGACAAUAAGCCAGCUCCCGCCGCUCAGCCAGAUCAUCAACCGCAAAAACAAUCUAACACAGCUAUCAACGAAGCUCCCAAUGGCCCGGUCCUCGGUCCCGCAUCCGGCCCCGCGCCGGUGAACCAGACACAAUUGCUAGAAGGCCCUUCGACGAGUGGCCGUUCGUCGCCCUUCUCGGCCACACGAGCUCUAGUGCAUGACUUGACGCUUCCACCGGUCCCCAAUUUGGAUAUUCCACCUUCGCCUCCAGGGUCACCAAACGCCGCAGCCAAUGCCAAGUUUGAACAUUUCCUCUCCUUGAAGAAACAGGGCAUUCAUUUCAAUGCAAAGCUAGCCAGUUCCUCGUCCCUACGGAACCCUAGCUUGUUGAUGAAAAUGAUGGAGCAUGCGGGCAUUGAUGAGCAGUCACAAUACAACACGGCUUUGCCCUUGGACCUUUGGGAUGUCUCUAACCUUCCCAAAUGGGCUUUCAAGGAGGAGCUUCUCAAGACUCAGCAAGAGGCUCGUCGGAAACAGGAGGAGAAGAAUUCUGCCGGUCAGCGAUCCUCCAUCGAGUUUGUUUCUGGGACGGACGCAAAGAGAAAAGCCCCAUGAAUCGAAACUUGGGGGGUUGCAGAUGUCCUCUUAUUAUCAUAAGAUGGCCACUUUCUCAGACACAUCCGGGACUUGAAAGACCCGGAACAGCUCGCUAGCGACUACAAGCCCAAUAGGUCAGUCAGUUCUUAGACCACGAGCCCAAGGGGAUCCCUCCUUCGCCACACAUCAGAGACUGCCUCCUUCACAGCCCUUUGGAGACGGAUAUCCAGCUCUCUCGGCGACGUUCAGCAUGGGCCACACCCGGAGCUAGUUUCCUCCAAGAAACCGGAGGAACUUGGGCUUUGAGCUCCCUUGGGGGUAGCCUGAGACGGAGACCUUGCUUUCGCAUUCGGCGCCUUGGCAUGACGUUCAAACACACAGGUGUUCUAGUGGCACCUGCAUUCGAUCUCCACCGUCUCGUUUGCAAGAUAAGAUGCUAAGCCUGCAAUGAUAGUGUUAGCGAAUUGAGAAUCUAAAAUCACGUUUACAAAUAUGAAAACUUGUACUCCGG